AUGCUGAGCCGGGUGCGCUCGGCCGUGGCGCACCUGGUCAACCCGGGGGGCGGCCCCAACCCGGGGGGUCCCGAGCCCCCCUCCCCGACUGCUCGGGCCCCUGUUGCCGCCCCCCCCGGGGGGCCCGGGGGGCCCGGGGGGUCGGAGGCCUGCACCCGCCCGGCUUUCCUGCGGCUAAGUCCGGAGGAGCUGCAGCGCGCCGCGGACCACGAGGGCCGGCCGGUGCACAGCCCCCCGGACGGCGGCCCCCGCCUGCCCUGGAGCACCGGAUACGCCGAGGUCAUCAAUGCAGGCAAGAGCCAACACAAUGAGGACCAGGCCUGCUGUGAGGUGGUGUGCGUGGAGGGACGGCAGAGCAGCACGGGGGGACCGGGGGAGCCCCAAAGGCACCAAGGCCGGCGAGGUCUCUGCUUCCACUACUGGGGCCUGUUUGAUGGCCAUGCAGGCGGAGGGGCAGCCAAGAUGGCCUCCCGCUUCCUUCAUCGCUAUGUGCGGGAGCAGCUGCGGGACCUGGUGGAAAUCCUGCAGGACCCCGCCCCACCUCCUCUCUGCCUGCCGGGCCCUUCUAAAGCCCUUGCACCCAUGGAUCUCCCCCCACACCCUGUGGCCCAGUCCUCCCUAGGGUUCCAGCCACGCUGCCACUUGCAGAAAGAAGUGACCCACGAGAGCCUGGUGGUCGGGGCUAUCGAGAGCGCCUUCCAGCUCAUGGAUGAGCAGAUGGAGCGGGAGUGGCGAAGCCAGCGUAUGUUGGGGGGCUGUUGUGCCCUGGUCGUGGUCUACCUGCUGGGGAAGCUGUAUGUGGCCAAUGCUGGGGACAGCAGGGCCAUCAUUAUUAGGAACGGGGACAUCAUUCCAAUGUCACGGGAAUUCACCCCAGAGACAGAGAGGCAGCGGCUUCAGCUCCUGGGCUUCCUGAAGCCAGAACUGCUAGGCAAAGAGUUCACUCACUUGGAGUUCCCACGGAGAGUGCUGUCCAAGGAGCUAGGGCAUCGAAUGCUGUAUCGGGAUCAGAGCAUGACCGGCUGGGCAUACAAAAGGAUCGAGCUGGAGGACCUCAGAUUCCCUUUGGUCCAUGGGGAGGGCAAGAAGGCCCGAAUGAUGGCCACCAUCGGUGUGACCCGGGGCCUGGGAGACCACAACCUCAGGGUCUGCAGUUCCACCCUCCCCAUCAAGCCCUUCCUGUCCUGCUUCCCUGAGGUGCGUGUGUACGACUUGACUCAGUAUGAGCAUUGCCCAGAUGAUGUGUUGGUUCUGGGCACAGAUGGGUUGUGGGAUGUCUCCAGUGAUCGCGAUGUGGCUACCACUGUGGACAGAGUGCUAACCAGCUUUGAACCCAAUGACCCCAGCAGGUACACAGCGUUGGCCCAGGCGCUGGUGCUGGGGGCCCGUGGUGCCCCCCGAGAGCAGGGCUGGCGUCUCCCCAACAACAAGCUGGGCUCUGGGGAUGAUAUUUCUGUCUUCAUCAUCCCACUGGGUGGGCCUGGAAGCUACACCUGAAGUCGGAAUCCCCCUAGCCCCAUCCUGCGCCCCAAACCAGGCUGCCCCUCGUCGGUCCCGGGUUCCCCCUCCAAUGGGGAGGGAGGGGCAGUGGGGCUCCUCUCCCUGCCAUCCCCGAGUAAAUAAACCGCGUGGUCAGA